AUCUCCUCGGUCACAUCGACUAUGGCUGCCACGUUAUGGAGUUUUUAAGGCAACUAUAUAGUGUGACACUUGCCCACUACCCCCUCUCUCUUCUUUUGCUUAAGCUUAUAACUUCCAAGCAUCUCUUCAUCACAACCAAAAAUCCUGAAUUCUAUUCCUUUCACGGGAAAAAUCAAGUGUCGGGGACGAGGACAGGAGGCAGACACAGAGAUGGAACGUGGGGGUUAUCAUGGCUUUCGCAAGCACUCUAACACCACCACCACUUGUGGUAGUGUAUAUAUGCCAGCAAAAUUCAUGGUCCAGGAGACGGGAGAAGAGUGCAGGGUGAGAGAGCAAGAUAGGUACAUGCCGAUAGCGAACGUGAUAAGGAUAAUGAGGAGGAUGUUACCAGUGCAGGCGAAAAUAUCGGAUGAAGCAAAGGAAACGAUACAGGAGUGUGUGUCGGAGUACAUAAGCUUCGUAACAGGGGAGGCGAAUGAGAGAUGCCAGAGAGAGCAGCGGAAGACCAUAACUGCAGAGGACGUGCUGUGGGCCAUGAGCAAGCUGGGUUUCGACGACUACAUCGAGCCCCUCACCUUGUACCUUCACCGCUACAGAGAGUUGGAGGGAGAACGAGCUGUCAGCGUGAGUGGGAGCUUGCUGGUAAAGAGGGCUGAUGAGUAUGGGCAUUUCCAUCCUAAUGCCCACAGCGGCUUUUUCUUUGUUCCUAAAAUGGAUGGCUCUUCAUCAACAACAACUGGGCCUCGAGUUGAUGGGCACCAAAAGUACUGAUGACAACAAUGUCUUCAUUUGUGCUCUGAGCAUUCAAAUUUCAAGUCAAGCUGCGGUUUCUUUUUCUUCUUCUUCUUCCCUUCUGCGUGUUGUCAAACAGUGAGGCAGUAAAGCAUGAGGCUUUUCACAGCAUGCAUUGAUAAACGUCUUUUGUUGCCUACUUCAAAACUAGUUUUCAUGUUUUUUAUA